CACAAAUGCAAAACAAGGAUGUUGCUGCCUGUGCUGCUUCUUGGCACACACACACGUCCUCAAAUCCGAGCUACUUUGAGCCACGCUGUUUCAUCUGGUGCUAUCAGGGCUGAUAAGAGCCUCUUGUCUUUCUGGGUCUGCUGCAGCUGCUGUGUGCCUACAGAACAAAUUGAACUGGACUCUGAGCAGUCGCCUGGUGUUGUGCGCAUGCUACAUGUUAAGCUGAGGAACAGUGAGUUUCUCAGCUUAUUCUCAGAAACAGGCAGGUUGAGGGCAGGUUGAGUGUUACAAGACCACAGGAAGUUUCUCAAUGCUGUACCACUUACUGGUUCUGGGUAGAUGUCUGUAUGUUGGUUUUAUCAUCAUGAUAUCCAAAUGGAUGUCAGUGAUUGUCAUGCUGGUGACAUUUGUGAACGGAGCAAGAAAUGAGGAUGGCAUACAGCCCUGUGCAAAGGUCCACACAUCCAGCUCAGUGGUACCUUUGGGAUCCCCUGUGACAGCCACAUGUGUCAUCAGAGAGGACUGCCCUUUGGUCACUGGACAAGCUGUUCAUAUAGAGUGGCGCCUUGAUGAUAGGCUUAUUCCCAGCAGUCCAGAAGCCAGUGAGAGCAGCAGGGUUUCCAGAGCUGUUAUAUCAAGCUUCAAUCACACCCGAGCAAUCCUCACCUGCUGUAUCCAAGCCUCUCCUCCUCAAGUAGUCGCAGGCGUGGAGAUCCGAGCUGGAUAUCCACCAGAAGCACCACAAAACCUCACCUGUCAGACAAACCUCACCAACCCCAUCACAAUCACCUGUAGCUGGGACCCUGGGCAGAGGGAAACCCACCUGCCCACACAGUAUUCCCUCCAUACUGAAAUGUGGGCUGAAAAUGAAAACUAUUCUUAUAAACUGCCACAAGGAGUCCAUCACUAUACCAUCCCUCGUUUUGAAUUUGUGCUGUUUUAUGACAUGAAGAUAUAUGUGAAAGCUGUGAAUGAACUUGGAGAGACAACCUCAGCACCACUUGUUUUAGAACCUGUUAGUUCGGCUAAGUUUGACCCACCCAGUAUUCAAGUGAUUUCUGAAAGGUAUGGCUGCCUGAGGCUGAACUGGAAUUUGUCCCCAGACCAGGCCUGGCUCCAGUCUUGCGGGUUAUUAAACCUGGAAUACCGAUUUAAGUCUGUUGACAGCACACAGUGGAAUGACCCAGUCUUGGUUCAAAAUGCUAAAACUCCUGUGGACAUGUGUCACCUGCUGCAUUGGACUCGGUAUUUUGCACAGAUCAGAGUCAGAUACCAGCAGAGCCCCUGGAGUGAAUGGAGCAGCAGCCAGUCUGGUGUCACCUUGGAGAGUGCUCCCACUGGACGCCUAGAUUCGUGGAUGGAGAUAUCUGAGGAUCCCCUGCUAAAACAACUCAACAUAAGCUUGUUUUGGAAGCCAUCAAAAGGAUUUCGUGCCAAUGGCCAAAAUGUGUCAUAUAUCGUCUUGGUGCAAAGGAGAGUGGUGUGCUCUACAAGGGAGAACUACUGUACUUUCAGUCUUUCUAGGAGCAUUAAGAAAGUGUAUGUAAAGGCUGUAAAUGCAGCAGGGAAAUCUUCUCCCACUGUAGUACAGAUUUACAAACAUAAAGCUCAUCCUGUAGUAUUAGAUGCCACAGCAGUCCCAUAUGGAAACAAUUCAUUUCUUGUUCAGUGGAGAAGCAUGGAUUCCUCAGGACUCAGCGAUUAUGUGGUGAAAUGGAGACCUUUGUUAAAAUCAGGCCUCUCCCACAUCCAGUUUGACAUUGCUGGCCAAAACCAGUCCAGCAUUGUUAUAACAGGCAGCUUUGAGCCCUACAAGCCCUAUGGGAUCUCUGUAUAUCCAAGGUUUACGGAUGGGAUAGGCCCUCCUAAGACAUUUAAUGCCUACUUGAGAGAGAAGGCCCCAUCCAUGGUUCCAAAAUUACAUAUUCAAAAGACCUGGAAUUCAGAUAUUAAGAUUACCUGGGAUGAAAUACCAUUAGACCAACGAAAUGGAAAGAUCCAAGACUACACAGUCUUCUACUGGAAUCAGAAGGGACCCGUUAACGUUGUGAACGUAGAUACAGAAAAAAGAAGUGUGAUCCUUAAAGACCCCAGUGUGCAUGGAGCUGUCUUGAUGGUUAGCACAUUUGGUGGGAGCUUGAAUGGGUCAGCAGUUCAUUUUGAAUUUCAGCCCUUUGAUGAGGUCGCUAGUGCGAUGAUUGUAAUCGGAUCAGUUUUUGGACUUUCAUUGCUGAUUAUUUUCAUAGUCCUAACUUGUUUCUCCAAACAUGAAAGGUUUAAGGGGAUUUUUUGGCCAGUUGUUCCAGACCCAGCUAACAGCUUUGUCCUAAGACUGACAUCAGAAUCAACACAGUAUACCCAUCCUUCAUGUGACAGCGAGGAUCCGAUAUAUUUGUCCCACCUCAGCUUUCCGGACAUCCCCAUGAAACUAAGCAAAGAGGAGGAUGAUCUUUGGAUAAACAGUUCAGAAGAGACCAGUGACCUUGGAGAGUCUAUUUGUGGUUCGCCCUUCAUCACCGAAUUCUCUGGCUCAAACAGUGACUCUGUUCCUUAUGCUACUGUGGUGUUCUCUGGUUUUUGUAACAGCCCACCACCCAAAGAGCCUCAUGUCUACCUGCGUUCUGAAUCUACACAGCCCCUCUUAGAGGCAGAGGAACCUUUCACUCCGAAGUGUUACCAGAAUCUAGCACUAGGUGGAAUGACAGAGGAGCAGCAUUUUUUUGGGCCAAGCCAUGAUUGUGUACCUGAAGAAGUGGCAGACCCAGAGAGUCUUUGGGAUGACUUUCCUUUUCUACGAGCAUUAGCCAUGAAUGAUACUGAAAAUGACUAAAGCACCAUUGGCAAUUACAAGUAGAACUGCUUUGUUGGAGGCUUACAUAGAUCUAAGUAUGUGCAAUGAAUUUAAUGUGAUAACGUACACAGCUGUAAAUAACAUGGCUACUAGCUAGAAUUUUUUUAAGCUGAUAGAAAUCAUGUUGAUAUUUACUGAUUAUCAUUGCAAAGUUUUUGUAUACUUUGUAAAACUUCUGCAGCAAAUGAAGUUUCUUCUUGUUUUUUGUUUUUUACUUUAACCUCCUAGGACCUGAUAUCCA